CUGUGUGCACACACGAGUCCAGGCACACACGUGUCCGGAAACACAUCCCCGCACAGCUGCACCUACACAGACACGCCAUGAAGCAUGCGUAUCCGAAUGCUAGUAGUAGCCCUCGCUGCAUGGCUGUCAUGAAAUAAAAAUUAAUUUUCUGCCUACAUCUUUGUGUCCCCACGUUUUCUAGAGUACAUGUGCAUUUCUUCUGCAACCAGGAAGCCAGAGGGCGCUGCUGCGUUAUUCUCACAGCUCUGCCAGCAGCCGCCCUGUUCUGUUUGACAAUGGCCUUGGCCUUCCUGGCUCCACGACCUUGACAGUCUAGAAGAGACCAAGCCAGAGUAUGGUUUUCCGUGCUGGAGCCUUGAAUCCCACGCCCACUCCACCAUGGCCAGCCGGGGCGGGGGCCGGGGUCGCGGCCGGGGCCAGCUGACCUUCAACAUGGAGGCGGUGGGCAUUGCGAAGGGGGAUGCUGUGCCCCCCCCAACCCUGCAGCCUUCUCCUCUCUUCCCGCCCCUGGAGUUCCGCCCAGUGCCUCUGCCCUCCGGGGAGGAGGGGGAGUACGUCCUGGCCCUGAAGCAGGAGCUGCGGGGAGCCAUGAGGCAGCUCCCGUACUUCAUCCGGCCGGCUGUCCCCAGGAGAGAUGUGGAGCGUUACUCAGACAAGUACCAGAUGUCGGGGCCAAUUGACAACGCCAUUGACUGGAACCCUGACUGGCGACGUCUGCCCCGGGAGCUAAAGAUCCGAGUGCGGAAGUUACAGAAGGAGCGAACCACCAUUCUGCUCCCUAAGAGGCCCCCAAAGGUGACAGGAGAUAAAGAAGAAACAAUCCAGAAACUGGAGACCCUGGAGAAGAAGGAGGAAGAAGUGACUUCAGAGGAAGAUGAGGAGAAGGAAGGGGAAGAGGAGGAGGAGAAGGAGGAGGAGGAAGAGGAGGAGUAUGACGAAGAAGAGCACGAGGAGGAAACUGAUUAUAUCAUGUCGUAUUUUGAUAACGGAGAGGACUUUGGCGGUGACAGCGAUGACAACAUGGAUGAGGCUAUAUACUGAAGAUGGACCCUCAGCUACACCCUGGAGUUUGGUCUCUCGGUCUAAGGCACACAGCAUGACUGUCCCCACAGUGGCCUUUGCGGACAAGCAAGUUUGCUCAGAGUCCGUAGCCCGUUUGGUCCCUGGAGAGGGCCGUGGAGACCGGCGACAGAGCUUUUCUGCCUCCUGCCCCUCGACCCCUCAACCACCUCUGAUAUCUUGGGGAAAGAGCAAAGGACCAACGUCUUACUGAUGAGAAAAGGAGAAAGGAAAGUGAAAAGGGACUGCAGCGUCAGCACGGAAACAGCCGCGCACAGACCUGCCCGUGUUUACAGCGCUCCGCGAGAUAAUGGGGGGUGAAAGCAGCUCGGAGAAGUAAAAGCAGUUUUAUUUUUUUUAAUAAAAUAUUUUCAUCUGUCUCUGUCCAGGGUAAGGCCUGGCCAGAGUGGGCCCAGCAGGAGGGGCGGCUGGCUGAGCCGUGUCUGCCUGUGCCCUGUCAGAGCCGAUCUGGCCCCGCGGGGGGCCCUGGGCUCUGCCUCGGCGGCUGCCACUGAGUAGUGGGAACAGCCCGCAGCCUGAGGCCAGCUGGCUGCCAGCUCUGUCCUUAGCCACAGGGCACCAUUAUCUUAGCUCACAGCCCCGCCUUUCCCACACCUGACCUUGGUCUUGUGCUUGUUGACAAGGAAGGUUGCAGCUAUUUUGUGGGGAGACUAGAAAGCCAGGUGCCAGCUAGAGAGGAGCUCCUGAGACCCUUCAGAACGCCCACCCACUGGCAGACCUGCGGCCAGGUCGAAAGCCAGUGUUUGCAGAGUGCCCUCGAGGGCCUCCUCCCCCCAGCUGCUGCGUGGCUGAGGGCAGUUUCCCUUUUGGUUCUUUUGUGGAACUUCAUUUAGCCUUGCUCAUCCCUGCCGGGCACAGGAGAGUUGGGGUUGGGUGCUGCUUGGGGGGGGGUAAGGGGGGGAGGGAGUGACUUAGGGACACCACAGCUGGGGAGAUGCUCGCCCACACAGUGCUGGGUGAGGUCACUUCCCGGGGCUCUGAUUGGCGCCUGAGGGAGCCCGCAAGGAGCCGAUUGGCUCCAGCCUCUUGGCAUGCAGCAGCCACGGGCCAGCCUCGUGUCCAGGCGGGGGCUGAGUCUCAGCAGACACAGAUAGCAGGAUGCUGCCAUAGCGACCCCACAAACAUAUGGGAACUGAAGAGAUGAGAAGCAGGAGAACCUUGGGCAGAAUCCCCAGCCACAUCCAGGCAGGUCGCCUGGGUUUCUUCAGCAUCAAAUGGCAGAGACCAGCACGACUGUGUCAGGCACUUCUGAGGCUUUCGUGGAGUGAACAGGGGUGGUGGUACCACUGAAGGAAAUCAUCUUAAAAGCCUGGCUCAUGGUAGCAGUCGUUAAGGUAGAAGUAGUCAAGAGAACAGAAAAGGAAACAGAAACAGAACAUUCCAGAAUUAUUGAGCAAUUUGCGAUGAUGAAUGUGUUUCCUUUUCUCAGUUGUGUGUAUAUGGCGGGCUGGGCGAGGCACUGUCCAUGGGGUUUCCCUUAGUCACACUCUAGCCUGUGAGUGAACUGGGGAGAAGUCAGCAAGAAAUAAAAAGACUCGGACACUGCUUUUGCAUUCCUUCCCGUGGACACACACACCAGUUCCAACCUGCUCAGCUCUAUCUGUCUCUGCUGGGGUCACAGCUAACCCCCUAAAUCCCACUUGAUGCCAGGGAAUCUCAAAGUGUGAGAAUAAAGA